AUGAUGACAUCUCCAAGGUUUGCAGUCUAUGUGACAUGUUUGUUCUUGUGGAAAAUGGCUCAUGCAACUGAUCUAAAAUUGUCGUCACCUGUGCAUCAAGAAAGAGAAUUUGCAUCAGUCGAUGUUGGAGACAACAUUACUUUGCAAUGUUCCUAUGGGACUAAUCUUGGAACACGGCUUAGCUGGUAUAAGCAAACGCUGGGACAGAGACCAAAGCUGGUUUCCAACUUCUAUCAGUUUGACGUAAAUGGCACUUUUUAUCAUGAAUUUGAGAACAAUCCACGCUUCACAAUGCAUACAGAAAAAGGUCAUAAUCACUUGACAAUUAUUCAUUUGAAAAUGUCAGACACAGCAACUUACUACUGUGCACAUAGCGCUUUAUAUGCGGUGACUUUUGCCGAGGGCACAGUUGUCCGUGUGCAGGGUUCAGGUUUGACCGUCCCAGCUUUGCUCCAUCAGUCACCAUCAGAGACCAUCCAGCCAGGAGGCUCUGUGACUCUGUACUGUACAGUACAAACUGGGACCUGUGAUGGACAACACAGUGUUUACUGGUUCAAACACUCUGAAGAUUCUCAUCCAGCACUCAUUUACACUGAUGGAGGCAGCACUGAUCAGUGUGAGAGGAAACCCAACACACAAACACACACCUGUGACUACAACCUGCCGAUGGAGAACCUGAAUCCGUCUCAUGCUGGGACCUACUACUGUGCUGUUGUCUCGUGUGGACACAUUCUGUUUGGAAACGGGACCAAACUGGAUAUUGAGGAUGAGAGCCACCAUCUUGUCCUGGUGUAUUUAUUGAGUGCAGCUUUGGUAUUCACCACAACCCUGUUGGUUUUACUGGGUUGUCUGGUCUACAAGCUAAAAAAGAAAAAGAGCUGUCAAUGUUUGGCUCCCUCCACAGUAAACACAGAGGUAAAUCAAAACACACAGAGCCCUCAUUAUGCUGCUUUAAAUCUCAAUGUGCCAAACGGAUCAAGGAGGCAGAAGAUGAACAUGGAUGUUGAAUGUGUGUACUCCGGCAUUAAUCAGUAGAAUAUAUUUUAAAUUUGAAGUUUAUUUUG